CUCUAUAAUUUACAUUAAUAAUUUAUAAGUCAAACUAGUCACGUAAUACAGUCAACGAAAACAUUAUAUGUUUAGAAACAAGUGAAAUUUUCUAAUUAAAAAUUACGUCUACUGCAGAGAAAACAAGAAAAGAGGCAAAAAAGCAGAGGAGUACAAUGUGCGUAUGAAUACUUUUUCAUAUAAUGUGUGAAGGUGUGUGGAAUCAGCUAGUAAAGUUUCUGUUGAUUGCUGCGUGGAAAAAGUGUUGGAAUUUCAAUUAAUACCAAAAAAGCCGACGUACAAUUCGCAAAGUAUAGCAAACAACAAACUGCAAAAAGAAGUGGGAGCACCAGAAAGAAAAAGCGAAUAUAGCUGCUUCCGUGUAAUAGUCAAUAAAAUAAGCAGAAAAGAAAAAAUAGAAAGAACGUUGCGCUCAAAUUUUUGUGAUGACAAAAUUUAUAUAUUGGUGUGAGAAUUUUUAUGUUUUUGUGUUGAUUCAUUAAAGUCAAGUUAAACGUCUUCAAGACCGCAACAACAAUCGCAGCUAACGUCAACUAAGGGUGAUUAAACUGAGAGAGGGCGGUAUUUUAUCAUCCAGCACUCUCUCUCUCUAUCAAUUAUUUUUUCGCAUAAUUCUUAUAAAUUGAAAAGUGGCCAUCACAUGCUAAUUUAAAUCCUGCGUUGAGAUCCGAAAUUCGUAAAAGCUUUUCAACGCGUUUAUUUUGAUUUCGCUUCAAAGGCGUACGUAACACGCGGUAGCAGAUAGAUAAUCGGAAAAUCAGUCAUUCCACCACGUUUUCAAUUUUUUUUUUCUUUUAUAAAUAUAAUUUUCCCAAGUUGUAUUUUUGUGUGGGUGGGCGUGCGUGUGUAGGUUACAACGUUUGCUGUGUGAGCUGAAAAACCAAAAUAAACAUGAUUUUGCUGGAAAUCAAUAAUCGCAUUGUCGAGGAGACUUUAUUGGUUAAAUUCCGUAAUGCAUUGGCCGGUUUAAAACCGGAAUCAAUAGAUAUAAAAAUAGCAGAUUUCGAUGGUGUGUUAUUUCACAUUUCCAAUAUAAAUAACGAUAAGACUAAAGUUAGAACCAGCAUUUCAUUGAAAUUUUAUCAACAACUACAAGAACACGGUGCCGAUGAAUUGCUCAAGCGUGAAUAUGGCAGUUUGCUAACAGACGCGGAAGAUGGUUACAACGUAUCCGUACUUAUUAAUUUGGAUAACAUACCCAAGGAUUGGGAACAAAUUGCCAAAAGGAUUGGCUUGUUAAAACGUAAUUGUUUUGCUUCAGUUUUUGAGAAAUAUUUUGAUUUUCAAGAGCAAGGCGAAGAAGGACAAAAACGUGCUGUUAUCAAUUAUCGUAGCGAUGAAACAUUAUAUGUGGAGGCUAAAUCGGAUCGCGUUACAGUGGUUUUUAGUACUAUAUUUCGGGAUGAGGAUGAUGUUGUUAUAGGCAAAGUAUUUAUGCAGGAAUUGAGAGAAGGCCGUCGUGCUUCGCAUACUGCACCGCAAGUGCUCUUUUCGCAUCGCGAACCACCUUUGGAAUUGGCCAAUACGGAUGCUAAAGUUGGCGAUAAUAUUGGUUAUGUUACUUUUGUGCUUUUUCCACGUCAUACUAAUAAAGAAACUAGAGAUAAUACAAUUAAUUUAAUACAUAUGUUCCGAGAUUAUCUACAUUACCACAUUAAGUGUUCAAAGGCUUACAUACACUCUAGAAUGCGUGCAAAAACUUCAGAUUUCCUAAAGGUACUCAAUCGUGCUAGACCAGAACAAAAAAUUACCGAAAAAAAGACCAUAACGGGGAGAACAUUUAUACGUAAAGAAUGAUUUGUCGAGGAUGUCUAGUUGUUUUUCUUUAAUUAUUUUGUAUUAAUU